AUGGAGGCAGCAGGCACGCGCAACCGCUCCUCCGCGCGUCACGGCGCGGCGGUGGCGUUCAGCGGGAGCGUGCGCCGAUGGCGGAAGCAGUGGACCGCCGUGGGGCCCACCCGCCGCCUGCUGGUGCUCAGAUGGACGCCGCAGCCCCCCCGCCCAACAGAUGCAAACUGCCUCGCCAUUCGUCGAAAACCGAAGUACAUUCCGGUGAGAAAACGACUUCACGAAUUCUCCUUCACCUUUUUUUUCUUCCUCGGUUUUUGUGAGGAUCCGCCUUCCUUCAUGCAUCUUCUUUUGAGUCGACUCAAAAGCAUCCUCCUUCCUUCAUGCAUCUUCUUUUGA